UUUUGAGCGGGCGUUUGAAGUUUUGAUUGGAUUAUGUGACAUACAGAAGUUUUUUCUUGUGAAUUCUGGUUAUAACAGUUGAUGUUUAGGGAAGUGGAUAUUGCAGCAGAAUGAACAGCAAUGGUGGCUUUGUGAAGGCUUACAGCAACAAUUGGUUGUCACAGUUUGGAAUAUACAAGUAUGAAAUCCCAGAGGAUCCGCCGAAAAAGCCACCCGGCAACCAGCACCGCAAGAUUGCUUUGUACGGCAUCCUCGGCAUGGCCUUUGUCCUAUUCUUCAUCCUGUUUGUGAUAGUGAACAAAUCGGAAGCAGAUCGUCGCAGCGAAUUGGCCAUUGUGGCCAGCUUUUCCAACGAAACAAGCAUCGAGUCCAGUAUGGGUCAUACCGUGCUGACGACUCCGUUUUCUUCCAAUGGAACUUUGCUUGUCAACGGAGGAAACAAUACUGAGGUCGUUGUGCAAGCAAAGGCGAUAGCUGAAGCGAGAAAGCAAAGGCGAAUUCGUAGGUUGGGGUUUGAUAAUCCAGCUGCAGAGUUCAACGAUAAUUUGCUGUUUUAUCCAAGUGAAUAUUUGAAGCCACCCAAAUUGGGAAGCAUGCGAAGGUUCUCUGAGGAUUAUUCUUUAGCAGAUAGCUAUCAGUUGGUGAGGAGCGAUAGACCUAGGCCUUUUGGAUUUGAGAUAAGUACAGAAAGUCCUACUGGAUUCAACAUACAUAACAUGUCACUGCAACCAGAAAAUUCUGUAAAGCCACCAGAAAACUACGGAAUGGUGCAUAGCAUUCAAGACGUGCUAAACCAAUUGUCGUCAACGAAAGUUCAACAUUACAAGUUCAUCCCUCAUCAUAUGCAGCAGCCAUCUGAGUUCAAUAAUCCAAAUCACAGAAACCAUCGAGUAAAAUUCUCCGGUAUUUACAGACAUCCGCGUAAGAUUGGAGACAUAACGACUCUUUUCGGAGCUUCUUCGAAACAGCAUGAAUUACGCAUUUCCCGACCGUUGGAUAUCAACAGUCAGCUCUCUAUUCCCAGUGAUUAUAUGCCAGAUUCGCUUUAUAACUUCAGGCCAGCUAAUCCAAGUGAUAUCAAUCUACUGGCUGUCGAUCAAUUUAGGUUCGCACCAGACAAAACUUACGAAGCAAGAGAAGCAUUACCGAAAGGAAUGCCUUUCUCAAUAAUGUUGGAUGUUCUCCCAAUGACGGAUGGCAGCUUCCGUUCCAAACGCCCUUUCAAAAAGCGACCUGCCAAAAACUAUGCAAACACCAAUUUCCCUCCAUACUUCAACAAUCAGAACUUUGCUCAAGUUCAGCACGCAGUGUACGAUCAACCGUCACCAGAGCAAGAAUCUUAUUUCCGUAGUUCAUCGACCUACUAUCGACCACAUCAGCAGAGAUACGUCCCAACCAUGAAGCCCGGCAAACUGAUGGUUCAUCUGAAUUUGUAUCCCAAGAAGCCGGUCGAAGCCGCGAGAAAGUUCGAGCUCGAGAGAACAGCACUGGAUAUCAACCAUCUCCAACUCAACACUGGAGAAACGCUUCCCGAUCCAGAGGGGCACCUGGUUGACCCAACCACGACCACGGCUGUUCCGGACUUCUUGGAAAUGUUCUACGGCGUCAAAUCGUUACCGACGAUUGCCAGCAGUGUCUCGAGUACCACCGCCACUGCGAAGAGUACGAUUCUUAGUCCGGUGCAGGCGGCUGGCGGUGACGACACUCAUGGUAGAUUCACCAAUGGCCACGCAGCAAUGGGGCGUUAUCCACCGUAUCGGGUAGUGAAGAAGCGGCAAGAAGUGGUUGAUCCCAGAUCGCUGGAAGAGGACCAGUCCAAAUCAACAAAGCUGAACUUGGUGAGCUUCGAUGCGGAGGAUGCCGUUUAAGAGCAUUUGUGGAGACUGUAGCGUAUAGUGAUUUCAUUAAUGUGCUCUGCUUUAUUUACGUAAUUCGUAAGGCAAACCUUCCUCGAGUAUCACAGUUUAUGGAAAACGCAUUUUUGUCGUAUGAGUAGCAAUAUAAAAUAGUAUU